AUGAGUUCCUACCAGGAAGCUUUGAAACGGCAAACGAAGUCUGCUGCUUCGAGACAGUCUGAGAAAUUGACCCAGAUAGUUCAGAACUUCUUCGCAAAGGCCGCACACAUGAUAGUGCAAUCGCGUUCAUCUGGCACCAACUCGACGCAUUCGGCAAAGGCGAGCAAAUGGUUCAACAUUUCUCUCGAAGAUUCAGAUAUCCCGAAGGAGGACUUGAAACUGUGGAAAGGCAAGGACAUAUUCUCGUUCCAGCCUCUUAUCAUAGAGGUGUAUCUGGAUCUAAGGGAUCUUACUAGCGACCAGACUCUGAUACUGAAAGGACAUAGAAACGCUGUUAACGUUAGCAAAAGUGGCAAGAAGAGCGAGAUUGUGCUGGAGAGGUGGCUUUUGGAGUUUGAUCUCACCAGUUUUGACUCUGAGAACGUGGAAUUGCCUCUCAUUUACAAGAGGGUGAUAGUACAAUUCAGAGUGUUGUUCACGUUCCUCAAGCUACUCCCGGCUUUCAAAUUGCACGAGAACCUGAUGAAGGAUAGAAUGAGCGGAAAUUCGCCUUUGAAAGUGUCUUCCAGAGUCUUGGAUGGUUCGAGAUCCAUUACGUCGAAGGGCAGAAUCGGACUUAGCAAGAAGAUUCUGAAGAGCGAGACUGAUGAUCAUUUAAAGGGAAAGAAGUUUGAUCCCAUACUUACCCCUGUUGGUGCUUUGAGGUGUUCUUUAUCAUACAGGAAGAACUGUAACUUUUUGCUAAAUGACAACGAGACGCUGCUGUCUUCUCAUUUCAUCAGCAUGGAAUCCCAAACUCAACACAUACCGCAACAGCCUGCAACCUCACCCGUUGAUAACCCUAAACGGGCGAAUUCAUUAAGGAUAACAUCAGUUUUGAACCAAUCUUCCUCCCCUUCCCGAGACUUUUCACCAGCCCGAAGAACUGCCAGGACUAUGUCAAAUACGAGUGUUCAACCUUUCAAGGUGGGUUCAAUGGCUGCGUCACCUCCACCUUCCUCGAGACAAACCUCUGAGCGCAAAAACUCGACGGGUACAAAACCUAUACCUGUCACUGGGGGGUCCAAGUCCAACUCUUCUGCUUCUCUGGCUGCCCUGCUUCGGUCACAGAGAAACUCAUUUGGUACUAACGACAGCGCAUCCAUGCUGACAGGAGUUUCAUUACCCAAGUCCGUUGUUUCGUCAUCUUUGGGGUCUUAUCCUAACAGCUUGCCGGCCGGGAUCCCAGAACACGUUCUAGUUUCUUCUGGAAGCAGUGGUACACCCAAGUUUUUGUCAUCUUUCGGCUCGAAGUUACACAGGGGAUCUACAACAUCGCGGAAUAAUAGUCUUGAAGGAAACACAGGACCUAACUUGAUAUCAAAUCCUAUGUUGAAGAAAACAAAGCGUUCAGGGAGUGAUUCGUCGGCAUUUUCCACUGUUUUCUCGGACAUGGAACCUGGGAGCGGACUGUAUGUUGAUGAUGAGAUCGGGGACUUUGUGAAGAUGCUAGACAGCAAACCCGAUUUGAGAUUUGCAUCACUAUCGCCUCAAAAUUCGAACUCAUCCGCUGAUCCUUUGAAUCGCUUCCAGAGCUUAAGAGACCAUCACAACAUGUUUGGCGACAAUCUUUCGGCCUCGCUGAUCCAAUAUAACAAUCCUUUCAGAAAGGGAAGUUACUCUUCUGUCGUUGAAAGCAGGAGCGACAGUUCAUCUUCUGCAUACAGACAGGGGGCCAGUGAAUUCUCCGCUUCCUUGCCAAUGGGACAUUCCCACCAUGAUAUCUCCAGUACUCCCCUGAAGGAGGGAACCACUGCAGAUCUCAUAUCUGAAAGCGUGGAGCCUGGUGAGCCUUAUGAAUCUCACCACAGUCCAUUCAGAUCUACUUCAAGCCACGGAGCGUUACAAUUUGGCUCGUUGAAGCCGGGUCCUGGUUCUGCGUCUGUCGCACCACUGUCAACAUUGGCAUAUGCGCAAAUGCACAAAGAUGACAACGGAACCGACAUAUCAUCCACUCCUAUCCCAUCACACGAGGCAAUGGUUCAAAAAGUCAAGUCUGCAAUCAGCAGCAGCAGACGCAACAGUAGGGUUGGAAACCUCCCUCCGAAUGUCCAGGAUUUCCGUGGGCUUUCUUCAUCUGUUCCCACUCACGUUCCCCACGAGCCCAGAAGAUUGUACGGAAUCGACAAGCAAAUUGCAAGUACCGGAACUAGUUCUGCUACACCAUCUGGCUUCAAAGACCACAAAUUGGUGGUUCAUUCACAGUUCAACGAACAUGCCAUUGCAGAUGAUGACGAUGAAGAUGAUGAUGGGGACGAGCUUCAUUCGUCUUCGAAGAAAUACGGCCAUCACGAUGAUGAAGAUGAAGAGUUGCUGUUCGCAAUGAGCGACAUGGUGUUUGCUAAUAAAUACGCCCAUAAUUAA